AUGCCCUCAUGGGGAAGACCACCGGGGGCACGAACGGGGAGAAAUAAUAGGGGACGCGCGGCGUGGGAGGAGACUCGACUGGAGGAGGUGGAUAGUGAGGAGGAUGCAUACGGGCGGGAGUUGGUGCGGAGCGGUCGAUACAGGCAGCUGGAGUAUGGAGGACGAGGGCCGCGGAGGCGACCUGUGGAUUAUGAGGACCUGUCAGAUGAAUCUGAAUCGGUUGAUGGGGGAGACUUCGAUCUAUACGACCAUGAGGAUAGCACGGUGGCCUAUGCGAUUCAACUGGCCAUGCGGGACAAGGAGGAUCAAUUGGUGGACACAGCGCUCGAGCGAAUUCGCCGCGCCCAAGUUCUGGGAAAGAAAAACGUCCGGCUGUCGAAACGCGAACUGGAUGCCUUGGAGCGCAAGCGCCAGCAGACGGACGGUUUAAGUGGAAGCCGGCGCCCAUCGUCCCGACGGAGCGGAGCAGUUGGUGCGCCAGAACAGCUGCCCGGCGCGUAUCCGGCCUUUGCCCCUGAUCCACACAGCACCUGGGCUCGUGGGACGGGCGCGAAUAGUCGACCGUCCAGCUCAUCUUCUGCUCCCCGGCCCCGGACUCCAACGACACAAUCUCUUCGUCCCCAGCAGUCCAAUUCCCCUCUUCGACCUCCCUACCCGCCAUACACACCCGAGCGCUUUGCGCCCAAUGGCCGACCACAGUCGAUGCAACAAGCGCCUGUGUUCCAACGGCCACUACCAGACGAUCCUCAAUGGGCCCCACCCUACUACAAUACAAUGCAGAUGAGCCCAUACGGGGAACCCGCGCCAUAUCAAACGCAGGUUCCUACCGAUCCUCGGGUCGGACAGCAGAGUCGAAUGAGUUACCCUUCAGGCCCUCCAUACCCAGUUUACCAAUCUCAAUCUCCUGGCAAACGCCCACCGCAAGGCACACCACAGACCCGGGGCGACCUUGCUCCAGCUCCAGCUCUAGCUCCAUCCAAGUUGGGGACUGAGGAAUCCAGUGAAGAAUCGGAGAGCAGCGAAGAUGAAGUGCAGAUCGUCAAGGUGGCCAAGGUGGCGGAGCGCAAGGCCCCGCCAGUUGCAGUUGCGCAGAGGCGGCCGGUUACCGGAACCACUCGUAAACGGACCAGUCGAUGA